AUGCUAAAACUGUUGGUGUUACAGCACGAAGUGCUCUGGGCGUUAAUUGUCGGCAUAAUAUUAGCAUUUUUAUUGGGUUUUGCUAUGGGCGCCAACGAUGUGGCCAAUGCUUUCGGUACAUCAGUGGGCAGUAAAGUGCUCUCGCUACGACAGGCUUAUCUGUUUGCUAUUAUUUUUGAAACGCUUGGUGCAUUACUUGUCGGUUACAAUGUAACAGACACGAUGCGUAAAGGUGUUGUGGAUGUCACUUUGUAUGACAGCUAUCCGAAAGAAAUUUUUGUCGGGCAAAUUGCCAUUCUUGGAGGAUGCUCAAUGUGGUUGCUAAUCGCGACAUUCGCUCGUUUACCGGUCUCAUCAACACAUAGUAUCAUUGGUGCUACGGUUGGUUUCGUUGCGUCCUGGUUCGUGUCGCCUGUACUCUCUGGCCUUGUGUCUUGUUUUCUCUACAUCAUUGUUGACCACUCAGUACUGAGAAGGAAAAAUCCAUUUCGCAGUGGAUUGAUUGCUUUACCAAUAUUUUACUGGUUUUGUAUUGCGUUUAACGUGCUUGCAGUCAGCUACCAGGGUUCCAGAUUGCUUCAUUUGUCGAGGUUACCGUUAUGGAUAUGUGCACUUAUAAGUAUUGCAUGUGGGACAGUUGGUGCUGUGCUUGUUCACUUCUGCUUAUCUCCAAAACUGAAAAUUUGGAUUGACAGUUCGGUGAGCCCAUCUACGAAAGGCAGCACGCCCCAAGUAGAUAUCGUUACUGCAGAAACACCAAAUACAACAGAUAAUAUGUUGCGGAUACCCUCAACAAAACAUUCCGGUAGUACAGCCUCCGAAAAAGGUUGUGCUUCUUCAAAAUACGACCAGUUUUAG